AUGCCUACCGCCAAACCCAAGUUGGGGAAGCUUACCACUCCCGUCACCGCUACCUUUCCCUCCGAGAUCACGUCGGCAACUCCAAUCUCGGCUGUUUCGUUCACGUUCAAGCCUGAUCCGGACUUUCUCAAGACGCCUAUCAGCCCGCCUAUGGCAUAUACCGACUUUCUCACCAAGGCCAUGGCCCUCAACUCUCCCGCCACGAGCUCUGGCCUGACAACUCCGGAUUCGCUCCCAGACACAGCAACCAGCGAGGAAACCGAUGCUUCCUGCAAGCGUGAGGGCACACCUCCGUCUUCAGCUUCAAGCAUAACCUCCAAGGCUUCAGCUCGCCCAACCCCUCCAGCAACGGCUCCUAUGAUGCCUCCAAGCCCCUUCGUCUGCCCUACGCCCAUGUCUGCUCCUCCUACCGGCCCUGCCUGUUUCCCUAGCCUCAAGGUACCCCCGAGUCCCAGUGUGUCCAACAUGGACUCGCCAAUGAGUGCAAGUACUGUUCGAUCACCUUUCAGCGCCAGACCAGUCCAUUCAGUGUUUGACUGGGAUGCUGCUCUCAAAGCACGCUUGAUGGAAAAGAAGCAAAAGACCUCACGGACUAGUGUGCGACAUAUCAGAGAGGUGGUGACAAGGACCGUCACAUAUACACCCAGGAUGGCACCUGCGCCCAAGGGAAAGAGACGCAAGGUUGAGUAG